AUGAAUACUGCUUGUCAUUUGAUAUCUUUGUUUAAAAGACAAAAAGGAAAUAUAAAAAAUUGCUGGGAGCGACAUGACUUUGGGUUUCUACAUUCUUCACUACUACGCUACUGUACAAGUUAAAAUGGUCAAACAGCAACUCAAUCAUCGACCAAACUCUCUUCCUCUCCUCAUCUCGUGUCGUGAAGGGCCACACCACCAUGGAUCCCAAUUCCGAGAUCGUCUUCGACUUCCCGCCCUUCCUGCGCCUCUACAAGAGCGGCCGCGUCCACCGACUCAUCGGCACCGACUACGUCCCCGCCGGCGUCGAUCCGACCACCGGGGUCGCCUCCAAGGACGUUGUCAUCGACCCCCGGACAGGUCUCUCUGCCCGCCUCUACGUCUGCUGCCCGUCCGCCUCCACUCGGCGUCCCAUCCUCUUGUACCUCCACGGCGGCGCCUUCGUCGCCGAGUCCGCCUUCUCCCCGACCUACCACGCGUUCCUCAACAACGUCGUGGCCAGGGCCGACGUCGUCGCCGUCUCCGUGGAGUACCGGCGCGCGCCGGAGGAUCCCCUCCCCGCGGCCUACGACGACGCCUUCGCCGCCCUCAGGUGGGUGGCCUCUGGCGGCGGCGGAGAGCCCUGGCUGGCGGAGCGCGGUGACUUCGAUCGGGUGUUCCUGGCCGGCGACAGCGCGGGCGCAAACAUCGCGCACAACAUUCUGGUGCGGACGCGGGCGGAUCCGCUGGAGAUCAAGAUCGCGGGGCUGGCGCUGAUCCACACCUACUUCUGGGGCAAAGAGGCGGUGGGCGCGGAGCCGACGGAUCCGGCCUUCCGGGAGUGGCUGGAAACGACGUGGGGGUUCGUGUGCGGGUGGAGCUCCGGGAUCGAGGAUCCGCGGGUGGAUCCGUUCCGCGACGAGGCGGCGCUGCGGUCGCUUCCGUGCCGGCGGGUGCUGGUGAGCGUGACGGAGAAGGAUUGGUUCAGGGAGCGGGGGAAGGCGUACUACGAGAGGCUGAGGGCGAGCGGGUGGGAGGGGGAGGCGGAGCUGGUGGAGACGGAAGGGGAGGAGCACGUCUACUUCCUCAGCAACCCUAAUUGCGAAAAGGCGUCGGCGGAGAUGGCUCGCUUGGUCGCUUUCCUUACCCAAUGAUUCAUAAUCAAUGUUUAGUUAAGAGUCCGGGAGUUGCUUCCUAUUUGCCGCCCCUCGCCGUGGAAUUCUUUUCCCUCUUUUAACUUUUCCGUUCGUUUGUAAGGAAAACCUGCGUUUUCAUGGAAUACUGAUCAGUGAUAGCGUGUCUGCUAUUUUACUAGUGGACACCAAUCAGAAUCAGGCUCUUUCACAACCA